GAGGAGGAGAAAGGAGGAAGAGCACAACACAGCAAGGCAGAGAAAAGAGUGUGCACGGUUUAAGCUUUUUCCUUUAAUUUGUGGUUUGCAAGAGAAGAAGCUGCAGCGCAGAUUCAGAAGAGCUAUUUGGGAACAUGCAAGGUGCACGCUGAUCAGAGGAAAUAUGUUGACACUGCCAUUUGAGGAACCUCAUAUGAUGUGUGAGCCGCGGUUUGGUGCCAAUUAUCCCCGUGAAAACUUACCUGAGAGCCUGGAGAAGGAGCGACAACACGAUCCAGACAGGUCCAAUUCAGACAUGAGGGAGGCCGAGGACGACAUCUCCGACAGAGAUGAGGACGAAAGGGAGGGCGAUCACGAUGACAACGGGCUUCCUAAAAAGCGCGGCCCGCGAAAAAAGAGGCCCGGUAAGGAGAUGGACCGGUCCAAAGUACGGCGCCAUGAAGCCAACGCCCGAGAGCGCACCCGGAUGCACAGCUUGAACGACGCGUUGGAGAGCCUGCGCAAAGUUGUGCCGUGCUACUCAAAAACACAAAAACUGUCCAAGAUUGAGACCCUUAGACUGGCUAAAAAUUACAUCUGGGCCCUGUCAGAGACUCUGAGCGCUGGGAAGAGACCGGACCUCCUCGCUUUCGUACAGACUUUGUGCAAAGGAUUAUCUCAGCCAACAACCAACUUGGUGGCCGGUUGUUUGCAGCUGAACGCGAGAAAUUUCCUUACAGACCACAACGGGGAGGUCAUGUUCUCUGGCAGAUCGCCCUACGAUGCCAUGUACUCGUACCCCGGCACAGACAUGAACACGCCCCCAGGUCACAGCGGGAGCAACCUGGACAGCAGCGCCAAGCCGUUCAGACACUACAGCUACAGCGGCGCGUAUGAGCCCUACUACGAGAACCCGUCCCCAGAGGGCGGGAGUCCGCAUUUCGACGGCCAGCUGAGCCCCCCGAUGAACUUCAACGGGAUUUUCUCUCUAAAACACGACGAUCCGCCAGACUACGGCAAAAGCAGCCACUAUGGCAUGCGCUACUGCAGUGCGCCAGGGCGCACGGCUCUUGCGCACAAUUCCAUGUACCGGGUCUCCCCAGAGGGCCGUUUCCCCUACGAUCUGCACGUCCGCAGCCAGUCCUUCCAAGCACAAGGGGAAGUUAAUGGCUCUUUCCACAAUUAAUCAAUCAGCUGGACAAAGUUCAAGUUUCAGAAGCAAUGCAAUUUCCCCCGCAGAUGUCGAGAGUGGAACGAAAUGUACUCCAGACACGCUGAUGCAAAGCAAAAAUGCCAAUUUCAGCAUUAUCUGUUGAAUGUUCAGUCUUGUUUUUCUUUGAAACAUGGUAAAAGUCUGCAAAUGAGAUAUGAGGAUUUCACUUGAUCUCAAGUCUUGUGUCGAUAUAAGGCAGAAAAAAGACACAAGAACGCUUUUGCUUUGAAAUGAUUUCAAUCUGAAGGCAGAUUCUCUGAUUCAUUUAAAGAAAACUAAGAUUGAAUGGCUUACUGCCACAUAUUUGUUUCCAUUGGAAAACCACAAAUGUAGAGUAGGCCUAAUUCGAUAAAGAUGCAGGGUUCGAGUAAAUGACAUAUAUGAUAUGAUAUUUGUUUGUUAAUGGCUGUACUGCAGAUGUCGGUCGUGAUAUGGGUUAUUUAAAGCUGAUAUUAAUAUGAUUGAAUUUUCUGCUUAUUUAAUUAGAUCACAGUAGUCAGUAAAAUGAUUUACCUGUCGAAAUAAAAUCAGCUAAAUGAAACAACCGGGGAAGAAGAAUCUAAAGCAUUUCACCUCAUCAGGGAAGUUUGCUGAGCUAUGAUUGGAGUUCAGAGAUUCAGUCUGUUAGCAAUAAAGGUCAAUUGAGCUAUGCAAGGCAGCCAAAUGCAAUCUUUGCUUAUAAAAAAACGUGUCUAUUUCCUCCCACAAGGCGUUUCUCAUAAUCUAAUAUCUAAUUAAAAUGAUGACAAUUACACAAAAUUGGUUAAAGAAAAAAGCCAGUUUGGAAUUGUGCACGUGUUUAGGAGCCUGAUGAUGAUGAUGUCAUACAGGAAGUUUUGGGGAAACUAAAUGCAUUUGUAGUUGGAGUAAAUAGUGUGGUAACGAGGUGAAUAUAAAUUAUUAUUGUAUUUAUUUAUUUAAGCUUAUUUAUUAUAAUUCCGUCAAUUUUAAUGUGGAUAAUAUAUCAUUAAGAAAUAUUGUAAAAAUCAAUGGUGUUACCUUUUUAUGUGAAUUCCCAUACAUUAACAGUUUGUUUAUGUUGCAUUGUUGUAUAUUUCACUGCAGCUGAAAGGAAAAUCAUUUUGUGUGAGGUGAACACAAUGUUUCAAAAUUAUAUAAAUGCGAACAUGCCUUAAAAAAGAGAUGAUGACCAUCAAUAUGCAACGAAAUGACAGUUUUGGAUAGUUUGAUGUGAACUUUUUACACUUCCUUGUUCCUGCUGAAGAGCAGCUGUAAUGCACUUCAUGUAUUUCUGCACAAUGUUGGUGACUGUACUCAUAAAUUCUGUUGCUUUUGUAACUUUAA